UUGUUGUUGUUGUUACGGGUUUGGCGUUCGGUGCUAUCAUCGUUGCCACCUGGUCCGGACUAAGAUAGCUAGCUGUCGUAUGAGAAUUCAUUCCACCAGAUGACGUGAUAUUAGCUUAAAGAGGCCACCUGGAGUUUCCAGUUCUCCACGCUGCCGCUUGGAAUCUUUAUGCUUAAGGCAGAUCAAGCUGCCGUAUAACCCGCAGAGCGAACAGCGUAGAGCAAGACCAUUCUCUCUUCCAAGACCAACCCGUUACUUGCCCUUUGGUCAGCUUAGUUCGAUGGCCAAUAUUAUUAGGUCCCAUUAAUCAACGGUAACUACACCGUUCCGGAGCAGCGAGAGACGACUGAUCGAAUUUGCCAAUAUCGUCGACAGCAACAAUAUGUCAAUACUGGAGAAAAUCAAACAGUAUUGCCGCCGGCUUGAAAAGCAUUCAGACGACAAACUAGUAAUAAAGGAAACACUGAACAAACUCAACAAGAUGGAAGUGACCGUUGAUAUCUUGCAGGAAACUGGGAUCGGUAAAAUAGUGAGCUGCAUCAAGAAACGUAAUGACUCUGCCGGUGUUAUGGCAACUGACCUAAUCCGAAAAUGGAGAAAAGUUGUUGAUCGCGAGGCCGAAAUGGAAAAUCCACCAGCCGUAGAUGAGCCUGAACCCUAUGAACCGAUGCCGGUUGAUGAUGUAAAAUUCAGGAAGCUAGCUUAUGAAGGUGUUAGAAAUCAACAAGAUCAGAGACUUGAAAAAAUUAAAGAGGAGAAACGUGGCAGUCACGCGAUUCAAUCAGAUAGAAGAGAACUUGAAUCCAAAUCUUCAUCUUCAUCAAAUAAGUUACCGAGUAGCAAACACAAUAAAUUUUCGAGUGGUAAAGCACCCGAACCUGAACUUUUUUCGGAUGCUGCAGUUGUGAUUAAGAAGGAACUAAAGGACGAGUCCUCUCAUCGGCACCCGAAGGACUCUAGCAGUAAACACAGCGGCAGUCGCAAAGAAGAUCGAAAGCAUCACCAUAGUCAUCACAGUAAUCAUAACGAAAAAGAAGAGCGACGAAGUAGCCACAAAAGUGAACAGCGAAAUCAUCAUAAAGACAAGUCGAAGUCUGAUUAUAGCAGAUCAGCUGAAACGUCAUCCAAAUAUGCCAAAGAAAUUAAACGUGAAAAAGAUGUGUCCCUUGAAACAGCUCCGAAAAUAAAGAGCGAAAAGCGUCCUGAGACACACCGAGCUGAGGCAUCUAAGGUGUCAAAGUCGUCUGGCUCAAUAGGUGACAAUAGUAGUGUGCAAAUCAAGCAAGAAAGCAGCAGUUCUAAAGAGAAGGAGCGCCGAGAUCGAAAACGGAAAGCUCCAGAGGGUACGAACGAUCUCGAAGAAGAACCAGAUGGAAUGAAUGCAGCGAACUUUGGUUCGUUCGAGGACUGCCUUGGCAGCAUUGACCCGAAGAAGCACCGGAAAAAAAAGAAGCUAAGUGGCGCCAAAUUAAGCGCUGCGGUCUCGCCCAAAAUGACGGUAACCUCGUCUACCCUUAAUGGCUCAAUUAACAAGCCUAAGGGUCCCAGGCUACCUGAUUUGUUGGACGUGAAAAAAGCGACGGAAGCACAAAAUCUGCUUCCAAUGUCGCAGCUUGUUACUGAUUAUAAGCCUCUUCCGCGUAUGGAGCCAAAAUCGUCCGCGUGUACUUCGUCCUCUGGUGCCAAAGUGAAUGCUUCUAAUAGAGUGAUGACUAAUGAAGAAGCGGUCCUCUUCACAACAUCACGCAAGGAUCGCACGGCCGUCUACUCAGGUCGCAAACAGCACACGCUUACAUCCGUACCUACGCUGUACGAGGCGUGUGUUCGGGUGCUUACAGAACACGUAGACUUGAUCGAUGAGACAGGGGGAGUGCCGUUCGAUAUAAUGCGCCCAAUUAUGGAGAGAUGCAGCUGGCAACAAUUGGAGCGUCUUGAGUACUAUAAUCCUUAUCUAACCGAGGAUUCAGAUCCGCUUUGGGAGAUACACGUUAAACGGGACUUCCGUGGAAAAACGCCCGCUAAGGGCGAGGAGACAUGGCGAGAGCUGCAUAUGCGCUGUCGUGACGAACGUGAGCAAAAACUCCAGGUGUUGAAAGAAUCAAUUAGCAAGUCAAUGAAGGAAAAACAGGACCCCGUUCGAAAAACGAAACUGGCCUAUGUCGACACCAUGGCGAAACCUCCUCGGAACGUUCAGCGGGCCCAGCUAAAACAUGGUACCCACCUUGCUAACAAAAGCCAGCCCUCGCAAAGUCGAAGUAUUGCUGCGACGGCUAGUACUUCCUCGGCCGUCGAGCCUGUACGAGCGCCCACUGUCGCCGCCAAGAAACCUAAUAAGCCUGCACCGCUAAUGGCAAAAACGUUGUCAUUCUUGAAAAUGCGAAAGACGACAGGCUACGGUUUUGCGUCCCGGUAGUCAGUAAAAUACUAACGUUAAUCUGAAUCAUUGAGAGAGCGGUAAAACAACAAAAACAACAACUGUAAUGUCUACUCCGACAUAAGCAGAAAGCAUGAAUAGAACUAGACCGGAUGGGAGAUCUCUCCAAUAAGUGAAUGAUCUGUGCGUUUCAGAGAUAUCUAUAUAUCUAGCUACAGAUAUGUUAGCAUUAGUAUAGCAAAUCUCUGGGCGUUUAUGGGACACACAGGAUAAGUCAUUUAUUUUAAUUUUUCCCAUUUUCAGAAUUUCUAAAUGAUAAACAGAGGCGAAGGAGACAUCAAAGGGCGGUGUUAAAAAAGAAAAAGUAACAGCAAAGAAUAGCGAAUCAGUCAAAUAGAAUAAACUAGUAACGAUAAAUAAUAUAGAAAUGACAUAUGCCAAGUUGAGGGAAUAGCUACUGUGGUGCCGGUACGAGCCGAGCAAAAAAAUAGGCUACUUAAUCCAAAAAAAAACAAAUAUAGAACAGACAAACGAGAUAAAAUACAUUAUAUAUGAAACUUCCAAUGAUUAUUGAAUGCAUGCUGCAAUGGAAUAAAACUUGUGUCCGCUUAAAACCAACCUACAGUCACAGACACAUACCCGACAGAUUUCCAAACUAGUUAGUUUUAUCAUAAUGCGGCUAGUUAUUACUCAUUUCUGAAAAAUGUGCGCCACCUGCACUUUAUAAUCUGUAUAUAAUUUUCAAUAUUAUCAAAACAUACAAUAAAUAGCACAAACUACAGUAAAAUGCCAAGAAUUUCAACUAAGUGUUAGCCGCGUUGCAUCCGUUUGUUUCCUUUUGACAUUUGUGAAAAAUUGAUGUGAAUACCCAAGUUUGUUAAGAUUACAUGCAUCAUUGAUCGAUUCGCUUUGUAAGGUAAAUCGGCUAUUAAAUACGUUACUGAAUUUAGCGUAACAGAAAAAUUUGUUAAUUGAAUGUUUAACAGAUGCCUCAAAUCUCUAUCUAUCCACAAAUAUCAAUUCACCGUGAUCUCGAGCUCUUUUUUUGUUUUUGUUUAGCUAAGUAGAGGACCCGAUACUACUAGUCAGCUCAAAAAUCUAGAACAGAAUACGCGGGUCUAGCGGAUAACGCUUGCAUAGAGCUACGAAUAGAGGCGGGUUCUCGUGCCUUUUUACCAGGACGUGUGCUAAUGUGCGUUUUAUUAUAUUGGAUUUUGUCCGAAGGCAUACGGUCAGAGUGUGUCAUGCCCUCUACACGACAAGAAAUCGCCAGGUUGGUCUAUGCAAUACUGUAGACGACGCAUGUCACGUCUAAUAGUACUUUCAUAGUCCCUCGGAAUAGAUAAAAAAAAAUACAUACAAACUGUACGCACAAUAUAACGAUAUCGGUUGAGUUGUAUCUAUGCCUAAGAUUCUGCUCGGGGGAAAAAGUCUCCAAAAAAGACGUAUUUCUAAAAAAAAAUGGAGAAUGGCAGAUAUGACUAUAGCAGGCUCCAAAAUUUAUAGUAGCUGACUAUCUCAUCAAUAGACAAACCUCUUUUUAUAUUGGAAUACGUUGAGAAAAAAUAUCUAGGCAUAGUAAAUUAAAGUCGAUCUUACAGCAGCAGUAACUAAAAGUGCCGUUGUUAACCGGCGCUGUAGGAAACGUUGGUCACUAUAUGAAAACUUUGUCGUCCACUGUGGGCAAUUUAACUUUUCUGUUAACUUACUGUUGCAGCAAACGAGAACAUCUGAAUACAGUAUUUGAUAUUCUCUUCUAGCAAGAGACUGUUGAUGAACUCUACACUAAAAGACGUCAAAACGCUGCGAGCGACGACCGGUACCCCUUUGACUGACUUUGAUCCCUUAACGUUGUCGGAAAUGUUACAACGAGAGGUUAUUAUUGUCAUUCGAAAUUGACAUUAAAGUAGUUCUUCUUGGCAAAUAUGCGGUGAAAUUUAGACCCAACUUACACAAGCCUACUGCUUUGAAUCACACUCGAGGGCACGAUUCGGUGUGUCAAUUACGAAUUUCGAGAAGUAGAUAAGCUGGCACCGUACUAAUGACACUUAAGAACUGCUUUGCUUGCUUUUUUUCCCAGUUAAUUUCUAAUUGUUUUAACAUGCUAAUAAAUUGUUACUUUUUUUAAAACUACCACACGCUGAACACGCAUUUUGUAACUCCUGGCCAUUGAAAAUUGAGUUGAUUGGAAAUGCUGCCAUCUUUGUGUUAUACAUCGAAGUUUUUGUUGAAAUACCAUUUAUCCUUCUAGAUUAAUAUCAGGCUGAUUAUCAGAAGUGCUAGUUUAUACCAGUUAGUUGGAAGCGGACGUGAUUGUUACGUGCCUAUUGAUGUCUAACAUUUUAUAUCUUCGAGCGAAGUGACUGGGUUAUUUUAAAAAGGUUGUACAAUAUCCGCACAUGUGCGAAUUGCGAUCAAUGACUGACUUUCGGUAAUCUAAAUAAACUGAGAUUUGAGAUCAAUUAUGGUAUAGGCAUAUUGGAAUUGUCUAAUUAAAAUGAUUUAUCAGAAAUAGAAUAAGAAGACAGUCAGUAUUUGGUGCCGGAGUGGUUAAGAUUGCCCGAUCGAACUGAAAAGCCAUUCAUCUACAACUUCAAAAGUCGUUUCUCGUUACGUGUAAGCGUUUCAGUUGUUCCUCACUCAGGCUUAUUAAUUGGAGACUGUUGGUCUUAAACGACAGAGUAUCGUUGUCAUAUAGUUUACUUGCUCUUAGUGAAUCAUCCUCAUCAAAACUGUAAAUAAUCGUUGUCCCUGUAUAUAGGGUGCAAAUAAUUAAACGAAUAAAAUUGUGUUGGAAAUAAGCCGAUGCUUCAAAAGACGUGUUGUUAUUUUGAACAGUAAAAAUAUAAGUGAACGUUAAAAGUAUCCAUGCUUAUUAUAUUUACGUGGAGACAAGUGGUGUGGCUUGCAUAAAAGCAAACUCAGUCUAAUUUUUCAGGUGGAAGAAAAAUUAAAAAAAACUAUAAUGUGUUUGUCUACAAACGCCGGUUACUGCAUUCGUAGUUGACGUGUCUUUCUGUUUUCAUUAUUAAUUAUCGAAUAUUAUUUCGUGUACUAUUUGAUUCAUUGUAGCAGGUGAGCGAAUUAAGGUAGUCAUGAGGGAAAAGCUUGAUACCGUUUGUGGCGGCACUGAUUAGUUUCAAGUCUUAUGCACUUAAGCUUUGAUUAUUGUAGACUUCUUUUCGUUUUUCGUUCUUUAUAAAUCAGUAAUUAACACUCUGUUGAUCGUCACCUAUAUGUAAUGUUUCACGGUAAUCGGUUCAUUCAAUCAGGGUGCAUAAAUUGUCCGUAGAAAGAGUUGAACUCAUCUUGUAUGUAGGGUUUUUUAUAUUAACAUUUUAAAGAGAUAAUCCAAUUGCCUGGAUUCUAUCAUGUUCUCAUUGAGUAGAGAGUCCUAAGUCCACAUCCUAUCUAGAGGGGCAUAUACAAAUAAAAAAUACAUUCCCAUUUAGACGACUGGUUCAAUUGAAGAUCGUAGCCUUCGCAAUAUGCUCCAAUGCACUCGAAUUUUUUAGUACAUCCCUUUUUUAAUUUACAUUCUACUGCCAAUACUAUUGGCUUUAUUUUUUUCCACCUCGAAAACGAUUACCAUUCAAGGUGGCCUGCUAUUGAAAUUUCAACUUUCGUGAAGUCAUAUACAGUGCCCAUGUACCAUGUACGGAUAGGAUGCAUUAGAAUUAAAGCAUACUUAUAAGGAAUACGUCUAAGUGGAGUUUAAUCUUUUUGAAAGGCCCUAAAUAUAAGCUAGAUAUUACAUACGUAAAGGAAUCUUGCGAUGCAUAGCCAAACGAUUAGAGCACUCCACAUAUUUGUUUAAGUCUUGUUUAAUUUUCGUUUAUUCUACAAUCCAGUAAAGCAUGUACAUUAGGUCUUAUGGAACUGACAAGCGAUGAAGUUCAAUACGAUGGGUGAAUGUACGAUAUGUGAUGUCUACGUUGGCCUGCUCUAUUUAAUGCACGCGCCAGCAACACAUCUUAUUAAGGAUACAAUAAUAAUAGUAAAAAAAAUUCUCAAUCUGUUAAAAAUUCGAGGGCAAUUAGGUUCCUUUUUCUACGCACAAAAGUUUACUCAUUUUUGGCUUGAGCUUCGUAGGCGAUAGUGACUGGAAUAUGGAGAAAUGUCAAAAUACUGGUGAAUAUGUGUGCGUUG